GAGAGGGAAUAUGUUUUUGUUAUUGUUUUAAAGUAUACCGCCAUUGUUUGUACCGUAUACGAACUCUUUGCACUUCUAAUCCCUUUCCACCUUUUUGUAUAAAAUUCUUAACCAAUACUCUACGUAUCGCCAUUCAAUUGCUUUCCGUUCAUUUGCUACUCGCCCAGAUCGCCGUGAAAUGUUUUCAAAAGCCUUUCUAUUGAUGGGCUGGAUGAAAAAGCGAUGGUUAUCGAUUCAAAUGGACGUCAAGACAGCCCAGUUGACUCCUAGGAAGCAAUUAUUAGCUGUGCUAACACUAGUAACACUAAACAUGACCACAAAGUACAAUUAUCGAUAAAUAGACAAUAGCUCAUCCACCAGAACGCCACUCCGGAACGAUGCACUUGUAGUUCAAUAUUUUCUCACAGCCACCGAAACGCACUUGCUUGGCGUACGUAAAGAUCGUGCCCGGGCCUCAACGCUGCUGUCUCCAUGAUAACAGGCGUGCGCACGUGACGUCAUUUGGUCGUGGGUAUUUGGCCAACUGAGCGCACUUGAUAAUUUCAUUGUAUGAGAGCACACAAAUCAUGGUGUCGCGCGUCGCAGUAACUCUUGUGAGUGUUGUUGUGGCAUGUUCGGCAUGGCUUAUUGGGCGCUAUGUAUUGUUGAAAGCGCCAGAAAACCGAUUCCUUUCAGCAGACAAGGAUGUUCCCACGGCAAGCUCACCACCUAAGGCCGGAUUACUCACUCUUGCUUGGGUCGACCCUGUCAAGGUUGGACACAUUCGAGAAGUGCGUUUUUCGGAAGGUGAAGUCAGACAAAUGAAGACCCUUAGUGUUCGGCCAGCACUUUUCGAAAUCGAGAACUUCCUCUCGCCUGAUGAGUGUGACGACAUCAUUUUUAUGGCCACUACCCAGGGACUAGAGACAAGCCGGACGCUCAUAGACGGAGCCCUGCGCCUGAAUGAGUCGACAUUGCACGACAUGUUCCACAACCCUGACAAGAGCUUUGAGCAGGCGGACGCUAAUGAAGACGGCGUCCUCGACAAGUCUGAGCUUUCCCUCGGAAUCUCUCAUCUUGGCGAUAUUCUCCUGACCGGGAAGGACCUGGACGAUCUGAUCAAGGACUUGGAACUGGACGCAGAUCAAGAUGGCGUGCUGACGAGGCAGGAGUACCGCACACUCGUGGUCGAUGGGAAACUACAACUGAUUAUUAACUACACAGCGGACAUUAAAGAAAAGGCACCGCGCAUGCGCACACGGCUUAGUAACACGGCUUUCUUGGACCCCCUAGAGCACGUUGGGCAUCGCAAGCUUUUCGACAAUCUAAGGCAGAGAAUCCAGGACGUAACAGGGCUACAGAAAGACAUUAUUUGGACCAGCGAAAACUUGCAGGUCUUACGCUACGAUAAGGACGGCCAUUACCAUUGUCACUAUGACUCCGAGGACGAGAACAAGCAUCCCGACAUUCCUUGCUGCCACUACUCUAACCACGAGGACGAUGAAGACUGCCUCCCCUGUAGGUACAUGACGUUUUUCUAUUACCUGAACGAGCCGGAGGAAGGUGGCGAGACAGCUUUUCCGAUCGCCGACGACCAAAUAGAUGCACCGGAGCGCAUGCUCCGUGAAGACCAGCACCUGUGCGAUCUGAGCAGGUACUGCAAUCAGUCUCGAAUCCGCUACAAGCCCAAGCAAGGCACGGCGCUCUUCUGGUACAACCACCACCGGGACGAGGAGACUGGGUGGCUUGGUGACGUCGACAAGAUGAGCUAUCACGGCGGGUGUGACGUCACGAAAGGCACAAAAUGGGCCGCCAACAGCUGGAUCAACGUGGGUAAGAGCCGAGAGCAUGACAUCGAGGCUUGGGAAUCCUAUAAGGUGUUCGUAGAGGAUUACGACAAGUUAUCCAAUAAAACCGACGAAAAGACAGACGUCGAUGCAAAUCCGGGUCCGGGAGCGGUAGCAGAGAAUGCAGAGCGAGCGAGUGAAGUAGAUGAAAGAAUUGAAACAGCCGGAGCUGGGAACUGAUUUGCAAUGGUGGAUGAAAGGAUAAUGAUGUUUAUAGUUAGAAAAACAUUAGCUAGUCUUUUCGUCUAGAUUUAUUUUUUAAUGAAAAACAUUUUUCAUAGUUAAAUAAAAUAUUGUAAUUAUAUUCGAUUUGUUUUGCUGAGCGUGUUAACUAACGGAAACCCUAGAAAAAUACGUAAUUCUCCUAUGGUACUCCACAUCUUGUUAGCUAAAGUGUGAAAAGUUCUUUUUAAACCCAGCAACCAUG